AUGGGCGUCCCCAACAGCCAAACCUCAAGAAACGGGGGAAUUCUUGUAUUCGACUCGAAGAUGGGGCCAAAGCCUAGCUCCAGCCGCGUAGUCAAGCGCGGCCAGCUGGAUGAAUUGCAUGAACUCAGGCAUCGGUUGCGUGUCCUGGAAAAUGCAUUGAGCAAACCCAGCGCGCUACAUGCUCCCCAUCACCCGAUCCCAGAGACCUUCUCUGAAGGUGGAGAUUUUGGUACAGAGGCAUCCGGCGUCGAUGAAAGGAUCCGAUAUCUUCCCGACGCUUGUUUCCGGGGGAAACCAAGCAAGAGUAGAUACUUCGGACGAAGCCAUUACACUACGACCUUGUCCUUUUUUCAAGAUCUCAAAUCCUUCAUGAGGCGUGGCCGUGGGAAGGGCAAAGAUUGCAUCGAAUUGAAAAAGUUCAAGAGCGAACUUUGGUCUCGUGAUAGCGAAAAUCACCAGCGGGCCUUUCGAGAACAAGCCUUUCGACUAGAAGAAAUGGUCCCCGCUCGAACCGUUGCGGAUCAGUUGGUUCAGCUUUACCUCGAUACCUUUGAGUCUAGCUAUCGGAUUUUGCACAUUCCGACCUUUUUGAACCAAUAUGCUGCAUACUGGACUUCCCCAGAACACGAUAUGAAGUUCACAGCCCAGCUGCUGGCAAUUUGUGCUGCGGGGAGCUGUUUCUAUGUUCCUUUGCCAGGGCAUGAGCAGCACGACGAGUAUCAACAGCCGGCGAUGAAAUGGAUAUUGGCCGUUCAAUGGUACAUCUCCUGCACCUUUGUGAGCCCUGAAAUUGAUUUUCAAAUGCUCCAAAUCCAAUGUCUCCUUUUAGUGGCUCGUUUAGGCACUGCGCGCGAUGGCGAUGUGUCUUGGGCCUCUUCUGGGUCUCUCAUACGCUCUGCUAUGACCAUGGGAUUGCAUCGUGACCCAACCCGCUUCCGCAAAAAGGUGCAGCCGCAUUGGUGCGAGCUACGACGCAGAUUGUGGACGACCAUCGUAGAAUUGGAUCUCAAAAUUUCUCUGGACCGUGGUGUUCCUCCAUCGGUUGACCUUGAUGAGUGUGACUGCGAUGCUCCAUCCAACUGGGACGAUUCCGAUUUAUCAGCGGAGUUGGAAACUGACCCGCCUACCCCUACAAACACCGCAUACACCCGCAACUUCUACCAAACUCUCCUCGCCACAACGCUCCCCUUACGAUAUCGCAUCGGCAAACGAAUCAAUUCUCUCAAAUUUGACUUGUCGUAUGACCAGGCUUUGAAAAUGGGCGAGGAACUCAUCCAAUCCGUCCAGCACGCGUCAUCCUUGUUCGAUGAUAACGCUUCGGGAGUUAGCCCUAAUGAAGUCGCAAAGCACCGGUUUGCUCAAUCGCUGCACCUGUUCAUUAUUCGUAAAUUUCUCCUUGCACUUCACCGCCCGUUUUCGCUGAGCGUGGUGCGACUGCCCAAAUGCUCCUACUCGCGGAAGGUUUGCUUAGAAGCAAGCCUUGAGAUUCUCUCCCAGAUGGAGCUUCCUUCACCCUCAGACUCGAUCUUAUACCCGCAUAUCACGCAGCUGGGUGGUGGUAUGUUCGGAGAUGAGACGUUCCAUGCGGCCGUUACCGUCUGUGUGGAGUUGUCCCUGCAAUCGCAGGAAAUGGGGAGUCCUGCCGGGAUGCCGACGGAAAGCAUACACAGCUCCAGUGUCCUCAUGAGCAUGGUACGAUCUCAACAAAAUGUGAUGCUCCAGGCCGUUGAACGAACCUGGCACGAUUUUGCAUCGGUCAAAUCUCGUGUCAAAGGAGAGGAUCCGUUGGCAAAUAUUGAAGAAGCGUCUCAAAAAGCCUUCCGAGUGGCUCGGGCGGUUGUUGGUGGGCAUUCGUACUCAAAUGCUCUGGAAAAUGCCACAAACCCCCUUCCACAGACGCUUCUUCCGGUGGGGCAGCCAACGCCCUCGGGUUCAUCCGACGACUUCGACCCCGCAGCCCUACUUGCUGCAGAUUUUGGAGAUUUCACUUCAAUAGAUUUUGGUAGCUGGUUUGAUGGAUUAGAUUCAGGGCGGGGCAGAGUUAUGGGAUAG